CAUGGCGUCGUCGCCGUCUUGGCCUGUUCCAGAAGCCCGCGGCCACGGAAAUAGACGCGGCGGGCACAUGGCCAGGGGUAAAGGAACUACUUCCCAGCCACUGCCACCGCCGCCGCAGCAGCAGCAGCAGCAGCAGCAAUCCGUACCCGAAAUUGGCGGCGGCAAUGGUUCCGGUUCUGACGUUGGCGUGAAUACCGGCACCGGCACCGGCACCGGCAGGCAUCGGCACCAGCGCCCUCUUCCUUGGGCAGAUGCAGCUGCACCCGUCACUAUCGCCCGCGUUGUCGAGCGCGGCGACAGUAAUAAUAGUCUUGAUAGAAAUGACGUGCGGUCAAGCAGCGGCACCAUUGUCGUCGCCGAUGCCGGCAACAGCAACAGCACCAGCACCAGCGGCUUGGGGGUGCAUGGUCGACAGGCGCGCCUACGGGGACGCCGACACCGAGACGACCACCGAGACGACCACCGAGACGAUGAUUAUGAUGACGACGACGGCGGCCAAGGUAAUGGUGGUGACGAAAAUGAGAAUGGCGAAUACAGCGACGACGACGAUGAGGACGAUGAGGAUGACGAUGACUACGAUGAACGCCGCGCAAAACGGCGAAGUAGGCUCGGCCCGCUGCCGCCCGGCGCCUCUUCUUCCUUCCGCAGCGGCAGUGGCGGCAGCAGCUGGCUGCACCCGAGCGGCGUGAGUGCCGGUGCGACGGCGAGUGCGAGUCCGAGCAGCACGAGUCCAAGCACGGCGGCUGCCGCCCCGACGCCGCCCCCUCCGCCGCCGCCGCCACCGCCCCACGACAUCAGCGCAGGUGCCGACGCCGGCUCGGUCGGCAGCGGCAGCAGGAAGCGCAAGACGGGCCCGGUGUCGCGCGGCGUCGCCAAGCUGACGCCCGAGCAGCUGGCUAAGAAGCGGGCGAACGACCGCGAGGCCCAGCGCGCCAUCCGCGAGCGCCAGCGGCUGCGCAACGAACAGUACGAGCGCGAGAUCCACGAGCUCAAGUCGCAGCAGCCCUACCAGGAGCUGCAGAAGGCGCUCGGCCAAAAAGCCACCGCCGAGGCCGACCUGGCCAACAUCAAGCGCGUGCUGGCCUCGGUCGUCGCUAUGGUCCAGCCCCUGCUCGCCGACCGUCCUCUGGGAGGCGACCAGCCCCUGGACCUCCCUACGUUUCCCAACCCGCCCUACUUCUCUGGGCAGCACCAGCAACAGCAGCAGCAGCAAGCACCGCCACUCCCACUGCCACUUCCUUUACCGCCGCCGCCGUCUCUGACUGUCAGGUCCGUCCCUACCAGUGCCGCCUCUCCGGACUCGGUAGGAUGGCAACAUAUCAGCCUCUCGCCCGUGGGGCCGCCCCUGACGACGGCAGAAUCCCACCCACCCCCGCAGGCCCUCGGGCUGGGCCCGCAGCGGCAAGACGUUGCUUAUGGCGCAGACAUGGGCCAGAACCGGCUCGGCCUCGACUUCCUUCUAAGCCCCUCGCAAAAGAUUGUCCGCAUCGACAGCUACAGCAACGGUGCCCAGGACUCGCCUGGACAGUACUGCCACGUCCCCAUGAAGCACGACUGGAUGGACGCCAGGUCGACCAUGGCCCAGCUGUUUGGGGCAAGUGGCAGCAGCAGCGGUGGAGGCAGUACUGGCGGCGCCAACUACCCACCCAACGUAUCCGGCGCGCCGCCGCCUCCGAACGAACCCCGGUUUCCAGGGGAGCCGCCGCUGCCAACGUGCCUCGUACCGCACGUUGCCGUCCACCCCAGCAACACGGCCAGCAGCUGCGACGGCGAAGACGGCGACGUCGACCACGAGACCUUCUCGUGCGCCACGCGGCUCGCAAACUGCAGCCCGACGUGCCCGCUCGACAGCCUGCUGCUCGACUUCGUGGCGGAGCGGCGGCAGCGCACGGCCGAGGGCCUGCCCGAGCACGAGAUCGCCGGGCCGCGGUACCCGUCCGUGUCAUCGCUGCUCAACCCGGCGCACAGCGUGCACUCGCACCCCAUGUCCAAGGUGUACACGGACAUCCUGGCGCUGUUCCCGCACAUCCUGGGCCUGCCCGAGCGCGUCGCCAUGCUGUACUCGCAGUUCCUGCUGAUGCGGUGGCGCGUCAGCCCCACGCGCGCAAACUACCUGCGCCUGCCCGAGUGGCUGCGCCCUUUACCCGCCCAGCUGAGUCCCGCCCACCCCCACCCCAUCUGGGUCGACAACAUCCCGUGGCCGGGCAUGCGCCACCGCGUCGUCGUCGCCUACAAGCCCGGCGAGUUCUCAUUCGACGACUUCUUCAUCCCCUACGACACCACGCUGAGCCUUAACUGGCCGUACGAGGACGCCGACGUGCUGUUCGUCUACUCGCCCGGCAGUAACCCGAACCCAAAGUCCGACAGUGGCAACAGCCCCGCCGCCGCCGCCACUGGCGACAGCGACUCCGGCAGCGCCCUCGGCCCCCGAGACGAGCUGAUGAUCAACCCCGUCUUCGAGCGGCACCUGCGCCGCAUCGAGAACUGGACCCUCGGCGACAUGUUCGCGCGGGCUUUUCCUGACCUCGGGGGCACGUACAACCUCAAGAGCGAGAGCCGCGGCGGCCAGCUGGUCAUGGCGGCGCCCAUGUGAGAACUUUGUCGUUGCCCGGGGUACGGAUAAGGAAGGGGUAGAUGGAGUUUGUAUGUGUGGCUUAUAGAUAGAUAGAUAAAAGCGGUGUGUGUGUAGAAUAUUAAGGGUGAACAAACAAGGUCUAGUUGGGUGUUGGGUUGCGAAAUUCUGGUGAAGGGUUAAAUACCCAUCUUAUACCCCUUAAAAAAAAUACUUGGCGUAUCCUGUUCAGUGGGACAGGGAAAACCGAAACUGAAACUGAACUGCCCACCAAAGGAACAAAAUCCACUUUCGAGUCUGUCAUUUCUUUCCCGUUUUGGAAACAUAAUUAUUUCAGCUAAACGAAGCCACCAUCAGCUCUCGAGCUCGCCAUAAGGUAUCGUACAGUACGUAGGUAGCGGAGAGCUUGUAGUUAACAUGUAAGGAAACGAGACGACUUUCGAGCGUAGCGAGGAGCCCGCCGCAGGCGCCCCCGGAGGGCC